AUGGCGAUGAUGAUGACUGGCCGUGUGCCGCUGGUGUGUGCCCUCUGCGUGCUGUGGUGCGUUGCCGGCGGUGUUUAUGCGAGGGACGUUGACACCAACGCACUGGGUGGCUGCAUGGCGUCGGGAGUGUUGGGUGAGAAUGGAUCCCACAUGCCUGACGGAUGUAAUAAAACUGCGAUUACGGUGCCUUUGCGGUCAGUACUGCCCAUUGCUGCCGUUGAAGCCUCGACUGAAGAAGAUAAUGCUGUUGCAACACCGAACAAUUCGAAUUCAAGUAAGACUUCCGACGCUGGUGCUUCUGGUUCUGCUGUUACUGGUCCUGGUGGUGUUGCUGGAGUUUCUGCUGCUUCUUCUGGUGCUGUUGCUCCUCCUUCUGUUGGUGGUCCAGGGGCUCCUGUUGGUGGUUCUUCUGUUGGUGGACCUGCUGGUGCUUCUCCUGGUGGCAGUGGAACUUCUACUGGUAGUACACAGAACAAUUCGAAUUCAAGUGAGAAUCUCGAGUCUGGUGCUUUUCCUGGUGGAGGCAGUUCUGGUUCCGGAGGAAGCAGUCGAACUCCUACUGGAGAUCAAGGCACCGGUGAUGUUUCUUCUUCUGCUGGCGCUGCCGGGGCUCCUGGUGGUGGAGGCGGUGGGGGCGGUGGCGUUUCUCCUACUGGUGGUCAAGUCACCGGUGGUACUUCUGCUGCUGUUCCAGGGGCUACUGUUGUUGAUACUUCAGCUGGCAGCAGUGGUGGUGAAGCGGGGUCCUCAGGCACUAAUCCAUCUAACACAACAGGGGACUCUUCAACAGGAGAUCAGUCGUCUGCAGCAGCGGCUCACAACUCCUCGCCUCCCGAAAUACCGGCAGGAAAAACAUCCGGUACUGAACACAAAGGGCGGGAAGAAGAAGAGGAAAAUGAAAAGCAGCAGAAAAGUGAUGAAACACAAGUCCAACAACAUCAACAGCAUGAACACCCCGCGGAAAGUGGCGAAGAAUCCGCGAAAGAUAAAAACGCCCUUCGUACAAAUGCCACCGCAGAUACAGGCGACAGUGACGGCAGCACCGCGGUCUCCCACGCCACCUCCCCCCUUUUGCUUCUUCUUCUUGUUGUUGCGUGUGCGGCUGCUGCUGCGGUGGUGGCCGCGUGA